GAUAUUAUUAAUAGAUAAUUUUAAUUAUAUUUAUCUAUUUGAAAUGUUUUUUACAGAAGACAUGGAAGUGGUUAACACAAAAACAUUAGUAGAUGAAAAUCAUCAGCUUGAUAAAAUAAGUACACCAGGACAAAAGAGCAAUAGAGGAGAGGCAGUAAAUGCAGAGCUGGCAUUGACAAAAGAAAAGGAUGGUGACGAGGAUGUCGAUUAUGAAGGCUCGACACAUUUGGUCUGCGUUCCUCGAUCUCAGGAAAUUAAAGAUUCUUCGAAUGCUUCUAGCACGAUGAAGGUUAAUAUCGAGGGUAUGAGAUGUCAAAGCUGUGUGAAGAAUAUUGAGGGAACUAUAGGUAGUCGAUCAGAAAUUCUAAGCAUUAAAAUAAUUCUAGAAGAAAAGUUAGGUUAUAUUGAAUACAAAGCAAACGAAAUUACACCUGAAAAAUUAGUCGAAAUUAUAGAAGAUAUGGGUUUUACCGCUUCUUUAUUCAAGGAGGAAAAUAAUUCUAUAGAAAAAAAACAGAUAAAUCAUGUAUCACAAUCAAAUAUUAGUACAUGUAGUAUACACAUUGAUGGAAUGACUUGUAUGUCUUGCGUUAAAACUAUUACUGGAGUUUUAUCAGAGAAAUCAGGAAUAAAACAAGUAAAUGUUAGUUUAGAGAACAAGGAAGCCAGAGUUUCUUAUAGCGAUAAUGAUGUAACAGCUGAUCAAAUAUCGGGAUUCAUUGAAGAAAUGGGUUUUAAUUCGUUUGUUAAAGAAGUAAAUGGCACGGUUUAUAGCACAUCGAUUAAUUUGAACAAUAAUCCUCCAGACAGUGGAAAUGUUUCAUUGGAAAUGAAUGGAGGAGGUGAUGUAAAAAAAGAGAAUCAAACAGCAAAAUGCUUCUUACAUAUAACGGGAAUGACUUGUGCUUCCUGUGUUGCUGCCAUAGAAAAACAUUGUAAAAAAUUAUAUGGUGUAAAUAGUAUUUUGAUUGCAUUGAUGGCAGCCAAAGCAGAAGUUACAUUUGAUCCGGAUAAGAUAAGAGCAGUAGACAUUGCAUCCAGCAUAUCCGAAUUGGGUUUUCCUACUACUUUGAUUGAGGAACCUGGUACAGGGGAAGGUGAAGUUGAAUUGAAAAUUGCAGGUAUGACAUGCGCAUCUUGUGUGAAUAAAAUAGAAUCAACUGUGAAAAAAUUGCCAGGUGUUCAUUCUGCAGCAGUUGCAUUAGCCACUCAACGUGGUAAAUUCAAAUAUGAUGUAGAAAAAAUUGGCAUUAGAGAUAUUAUUGAAUGUAUUAACAAAUUAGGUUUCACAGCCAUGUUAUUUAGUAAUAGAGAUAAAGAAAAUAGAGACUACUUGGAUCAAAAGGAAGAAAUAAAUAAAUGGAGGACUGCAUUUUUAGUUUCUUUAAUUUUUGGUAUACCAUGUAUGUUAGCUAUGACAUAUUUUAUGGUGGAUAUGUCCAUUGGUGAAAAAACACAUAAGGAUAUGUGUUGUAUAGUACCUGGUCUUUCUUUGGAAAAUCUAAUUCUUUUUAUAUUUUCUACUCCAGUUCAGUUUUUUGGUGGCUGGCAUUUUUAUGUACAAGCAUACAAAGCUUUAAAACAUGGAACGACAAACAUGGAUGUUUUAAUUUCUAUGACUACUACAAUAUCUUAUUUGUAUUCAGUUGCCGUACUUACAGCAGCCAUGAUAAUGCAAGAACAUGUUAGUCCUCAGACAUUUUUUGAUACUCCUCCAAUGUUGUUAGUGUUCAUAAGUUUAGGAAGAUGGUUGGAACAUGUUGCAAAGGGCAAAACUUCGGAAGCUUUAUCGAAAUUAUUGUCUUUAAAAGCAACGGACGCAGUUCUUGUUUCAUUAGGUCCUAAUAAUGAGAUAUUAUCUGAACGUUUAAUCAGUAUAGAUUUAGUACAACGAGGAGAUAUAUUAAAAGUAGUGCAAGGUGCUAAAGUUCCUGUCGAUGGUAAAGUUCUAUCAGGUCAUUCUACUUGCGACGAAAGUUUGAUUACUGGAGAAAGCAUGCGUGCCAAAAAAGAAGGAUCAGUUGUAAUAGGCGGUUCGAUAAAUCAAAAUGGUCCACUUUUAAUUACUGCCACACAUACAGGAGAACAUACGACAUUAGCACAAAUUGUGCGAUUAGUAGAAGAAGCACAAACAAACAAAGCACCUAUCCAACAUUUAGCCGAUAAAAUAGCGGGUUAUUUCAUUCCUCUUGUUAUAGCUGUUUCUAUAGUGACUUUAAUUAUUUGGAUAAUAGUGGGAUACAUAAAUAUAAAUAGUUUACCAAUUUCGCACAAUGAUCAAAUUAAUAAACAGGGAAUGAAUAGAGAAGAGAUUAUAUUUCAGUAUGCUUUUCGAAGUGCUCUUUGUGUAUUAGCAAUAGCUUGUCCAUGUGCUUUAGGAUUAGCUACACCAACUGCUGUUAUGGUUGGUACUGGAGUUGGUGCAUUAAAUGGUAUUUUAAUAAAAGGCGCUGAACCAUUGGAAAAUGCGCACAAAAUUAAAUGCAUUGUUUUUGAUAAAACCGGAACGAUAACACACGGUGUAUUAAUGGUAACAAAGAUAAGUCUCUUUGUAAAUGAAAAACUUUGUUCAUUAGCAAAAUUCUUAGUUAUUGUUUGUACUGCUGAAGCAAACAGUGAACAUCCAAUUGCAUCAGCGAUUGUCCGGUACGUAAAGGAAACAAUAGCUUCCGAAACAACUGGACAGUGUAUGAAUUUUCAAGCAGUUGCUGGUUGUGGACUUAAAUGUAAAGUGUCAUAUAUUUCAAAUAUAUUGACCGAUGCAUUAAAAUCUGAGAAAAUUAUUAACUAUAUUAAUGAGGUAAAAAAAUUAUCUUCUGGAACAUAUACCUUAAACAAUGUGCCAAUUGAUGUUACGCCAAUUACAAAUACAAGUCAAGAAAGACAGAAUUUGGAUCUGGAAUUAUUGUUGAAUCCAGAUUCUCAUGGUGAUCAAAGUAAUCUUGAGGAUGUAUACGAAAUAUGCAUUGGUAAUAGAGAAUGGAUGCGAAGAAAUGCUAUAAAUAUACCACAAGAAGUCGAAUUAAAAAUGGUUGCCGAAGAAGAGUUAGGAUGUACUGCUGUUUUAGCAGCAGUGAAUAAUGUAUUAGUGGCUAUGAUUAGUGUAGCAGAUACAGUUAAACCAGAAGCUCAUUUGGCAGUCUAUACUUUAAAAAAAAUGGGUUUAGAAGUUAUUCUGUUAACUGGAGAUAAUAGAAAGACAGCUGUUUCUAUUGCCAGACAAGUUGGUAUUACUAGAGUAUUUGCAGAAGUGUUACCUUCACAUAAAGUUGCUAAAAUUCAACGUUUACAAGAUCAAGGAUUAAGAGUUGCUAUGGUAGGAGAUGGUGUUAAUGAUAGUCCAGCUCUUGCACAAUCAGAUGUUGGUAUUGCAAUAUCUUCUGGUACAGAUGUUGCUGUAGAAGCUGCUGAUGUAGUUCUCAUGCGAAACGAUCUUUUGGAUGUUAUUGCAUGUCUGGAUUUAUCGAGAAAAACUGUUCUUCGAAUAAGGCUGAAUUUUUUAUUUGCUAGUAUCUAUAAUUUAUUGGGUAUUCCCAUUGCUGCUGGAAUAUUUAGUUCUUUUGGAUUCUUCCUUCAACCUUGGAUGUCAUCAGCAGCAAUGGCAUUAAGCUCAGCAUCUGUAGUUGGCAGUUCUUUGUUAUUAAAAUUAUACCAUAAACCAACAAAGGCUACAUUAGAAACACCAGAAUAUUUAUCAGCAAUGCAUGCUCAUUCUACUGCAAGAAUGAUUGAUUUAGAUACAAUAUCUCUUCAUCGUGGUUUAGAUGAUUCUGUGUUACCCAUUAUGCAUAGAUCGACAUCGACAUUAUCCAGAUUAUUUCGAAGAUCAAAGGAUGAUAUCGAAGGUCGGCUUUUGAGUGAAGAUGUUGAUGAAAUUGAUUUGAUAACUGAUUUUUCCGGUUAUCGAAAAAAUAUGAAGGACCAUACAAAUAUAACACCAUUAUAACUUGUAAGAAUGUCUUUCUUAAAUAACUAUAUUAUUUGUGUGUCUAUACGUGAGCACUCUUGUA